AUUCGAUCGUCCAGCAAAGGCUAUGUCAACUGAGUUGUACUGACAAGGUUCAUAAUAUGUGAACCUGACUUCAGUCACUGAAUGCAGCAAAGAUUGCUCGUGCGGUGGUAUCCAGAGGACACAGAAGUGAUCCACAAUGGGCCAUGUCCGAUGCGGUACAAGUACAGCCACCUCGAUGUUGUUUAUGUCUGAGACUGGAUCGUGAGAUGGCCCCGCAGUGGGUGGUGCUUUGUUUUACAUCAUCUUGCAUUAGCAAAACCUACCCCGACAAUUUGCGUGCUAUUUUUUAUCCAUGUUCCUCCGCGGAUAUUUGUCGCUGAUCUCGCACUUGGCGUUUUUCAGCCACUGGAAAUGUUGAUGAUGUGUGUUGCAUUUCACCAUCAUUUCUCCUACGGGAGGUGAUCGUCAGUACGCUCCGAUUAAAUGAUCGGAUAAUUUCCGGCUGGGAGGCCGGUUAUUUCUCUCAGCGUCCACGGUCUUGAUCCAAUGGACUGCUUCAACCUCUGGCACUCCACCCAAUCCAUGCUGGAGACAGGCUUUCGAAUAAAGAAUGAUAUAAGAGGCGCUUCAAGCCAUCACAAACGUCUUUUUCUUCGCCGCAAUACAUGCUCACCGAAAUGUAUUUCAACGUCCUACCCAUAUUGAUCGGGAUGGCAGUUCCCCAAAUUGCCUCUGCAGUUACCCCAGGCCCCCUUUCAACUUCUGGGCGUUGGAUCGUCGAUGCUACUGGACAGAAUGUGACUUUCGCCGGUGUCAACUGGCCAGGUGCUUCAGAAGCCAUGGUACCAGAAGGCCUGCAGUAUCAGUCCAUUGCGAAUAUCAUCGGCAAAAUCAAAACACUGGGGAUGAACGUCAUCCGCCUCACGUUUGCCAUCGAGAUGAUCGAUGAUAUCUUGGAGACAGGACGGGAUGUAUCUAUCAAAGAAUCACUCGUAAAGGCCCUGGGGGAGAAGAAUGGAACGGAAGUAUUUAGCAACAUUGUGCAGCACAAUCCGCAAUUUGGUGCCAAUACCACGAGGUUAGAAGUGUUUGACGCACUCGCAAACGAAUCACACCGGCAAGGGGUCUAUGUGCACUUGGACAACCACAUUUCUAAAGCCAUGUGGUGUUGUUCAGGGACCGACGGCAACACCUGGUUUGGAGACAAGUAUUUCGAUGUGGCGAAAUGGCACCGCGGGUGGCAGUACAUGGCUGAACAUGUCAAAUCUCUACCCGCUGUCAAAAGUGUCGGGAUGCGAAAUGAACUACGGAAAGCCGAGGAUAAUCCGGCCUUAGUCAACAGGACCUACAAUUGGCAGUACUGGUACCGCCAUAUGGUGGAGAAUGCAAACCAGAUCCAUGCGGCCAAUCCUAAUCUCUUGAUUUAUUUUUCAGGUCUUGACUAUGACACGAGACUCACCCCCAUACCCACCGGUGCGGAUCUUGGGAACGGCACUGCGUUUCAUAAGGACGACUUCGAAUACGCUAAUAAGAUUGUGCUCGAGCUGCAUAACUAUGAGCGCACCGCGACAAGCUGUGAGAACCUCAAGUCUAGUUUAUGGAAUGCCGGUUUCAAUGCCCUUGAUGCCCAGAACGCGAGCAUUGUGAAUAUCAUGCCGGUUCAGAUGACAGAGUUCGGUUUCCCACAGGACAACACCACAUAUACGGAUGUGUAUGCGUCCUGUCUGAGGGAAUGGCUGCCCAGUCUACAGACCGGAUGGAUGGUGUGGGUGAUUGCGGGAAGCUAUUAUAUUCGGAAAGGGAUUCAGGAUGAUGAUGAGCAAUGGGGACUCCUUGAUCAUUCUUGGUCGGAUUGGCGGUCGACCGAUGCAGUCACCAACGGCUUGAUACCCAUGGUGCAGGCGACCCUGGGAUAAUCGGGUAUGGUGCCGCAUGGGUUCUCCGGUUUUACCGAGCAGCAAUCAUUUCAAAGGACCAUGUGGAACAAUUAGAUGAUACACUCAAAUACUACUGCCCGAGCGACCGAAUGACAUGCAGUCCUUCC